ACUGGCGCUGAUCAUGAUAGUUGAUUGUGCUAGAUACUUUACAUGCUUUUACCCCUCCUCAUCUCCCCUCCUCAUCUCCCCUCCUCAUCUCCCCUCUUCCUUCUUCCUGUCAUCGUUAAUAUCUUUCAACCCCGGCAGAAUCGAAUACUAUCAACUACGUAUCAACUAUCUUUGCCAAAGCAAUGAGAGAGUAUCAUGGCUUCUCUUACCCUUAACAUGCUACAGGAACCAAGAAUUCAAAUCUUCCUCUUAGGAGCAACUUUAUUUCUCUUCAUUGGUUUUAUCUUCGUCAAAAUAACUACUACUUUUACCUCCAAAAGCUCAGAGCAAGAAGAGGAAACUUUAAGCGCGUUUAAAUCUUUCCUCAAAUUCUUCUACGCCUCGUUUCUCAAACCACAUAAUGGAGAUGGAACUGUGAAUGGCCAGCAAGAUGCUCUGGAAAGUUUUUACAAAGCACAAGCGGGUGUCUAUGAUGCGACUAGGAAGCGGUUGUUGAGGGGAAGAGAGGAUAUGCUGGCGCUGGUGGCGGCACAAUUGGUUAAUAAGGAGAACAGGGAACAUAGGCAUGAGACGAAACGGAUUUGGGUGGAUGUAAGUCUUUUUCCUUAGAUUGAGAUGCUGAACAUAUUUUGCACUGUUCCGACACCAUUGAAUCUUUAAAUCUUCAAACUUCCCAAUAGACUAAUAAUAUCAAAUAGAUAGGCGGUGGUACCGGAUGGAACAUCGAAGCCAUGUCUAAAUAUGUUUCAGUCCCAGACUUCUUCUCCAGUAUUUAUCUUGUCGAUUUCUCACCCAGUCUUUGCGAAGUUGCACGAAAGAGAUUCCAGCGUCUUGGCUGGAAAAAUGUCAAAGUCGUAUGCCAGGACGCUCGCACCUUUCGUCUCGAAGAUCAUGAGGAUGUAGAUAUUGCAAGUGUAGGCUUUUCGCAGUCGCCUACCUCAAAUUAUUUCUCGGAUGCACAUGGUAUCGGUGGUGCGGAUCUUAUUACUUUGUCCUACAGUCUAUCUAUGAUUGUAAGUUUCCAUGUUGCCCUUGAUAUCGGGAUGCCUCGAUUGCUAAUUAUACAUAUAUAGCCUGACUUUUAUUCUGUAAUCGAUUCUUUGGCAAAAUUACUUGCUCCCACGGGAACAAUCGGCGUUGUAGAUUUCUACGUCCAAUCCAUUGUGGAUCUCAGCUGUAGGAACUACACGGGCGGCAUGAUAAACCGCCAUGUGAAUUGGCUAGGAAGGCUAUUCUGGCGAGCUUGGUUCGAUGUCGAUCGUGUGAAUUUAGAGGCUGGUCGGAGAGAUUACCUCGAAUACCGAUUCGGGACUGUCCUCAGCGCAGACUCGAGAAACUACCUUUUAGGUUCCAUUCCUUACUACAUGUGGCUCGGCUGUCAAAAGAAACCCGCAUCUUCACUCGCGGCUGCAAAUUAUCCCCAUGAAAUAGUCGAACGACUUGAUGCUGCUGCAACGGAAUCUCCAUACUUAUCUCCAAUCAAUCAUACCAAAGCACUAUCCCGCAAUAUCGACAGAUCAACACCACCGGAAAUACGAUCUAAAGCAUUCGAAGCCGCCAUUGUAAAUCUAUCUGCAAAUCUACCACUCCCUUCCUUCUUCUAUCAAAAUCAUCACUGGCGAAUUCACUACGACGAGCAACUCAAAAAACAUACCCAAUUCAAACAAGAAUACAUCUACGCCUUCACCUGGGAAGACACUCGCGUAGACGAACGACUCCUAAACAUCACCCACAACGACGUAAUCCUGGCAAUCACAAGCGCAGGCGACAACAUCCUAUCCUACGCACUCAAAUCCCCACGCCGAAUCCACGCCAUCGAUCUAAACCCCAACCAAAACCACCUUCUCGAACUAAAACUCGCCGCCUAUACCGCGCUCCCCUAUUCCGAUUUCUGGAAACUCUUCGGUCUGGGAAAACAUAUCCAUUUUCGGGACCUACUCCUCACGCAUCUUUCGCCGCAUAUGUCUUCACGCGCUUUUCAAUACUGGCUAAACCAUACGCAAGUUUUCACAGACAAUUCUCGCGGUUUAUACGAUACGGGUGGUUCUCGCCACGCUAUCCGCAUCAUCCGUCUCUUAUCCCAAACCCUCGGUUUCAGCCAUGAAAUCGAAGCUUUACUGCAGUCCAAAACUCUCAACGAGCAGCGCGAGAUCUGGAAAUCGAAAAUCCGUCCUAUAAUCAUGAGUCGACUAUUUGCCUACCUGAUUGUAUCCCAAGAAAAAUUCCUCUGGAACGCACUCGGGGUACCGAAAAACCAACUCCACAUGCUAGAAGCGGAUUAUAUUGCGUCUGAAAGCGCGGCGCGAAAUGCGUCGCCUUUGGAAUAUUCGGAAACGGAUCUGAAGAGGAGUAAAGGGCGCGCGGUGUGGGAAUACAUGGUUCAGACGCUGGAUCCGGUGAUUGAGAGUUCGGUGAUUGGGGAGGAGAAUCCGUAUUAUCUUGUUUGUCUUCAGGGGUUUUAUACGCGGAGAUGUCAUCCAGAUUAUUUGAGGGCGGGGGCUCAUCGCACCUUGUCGCGUCGUGGGGCGUUUGAUGGGUUGAGGAUUCAUACGGAUGAGAUUGAGGAGGUGCUGAGGAGGAUGGCCCCGGGUACUCUUACUAUUGCUGUUGUGAUGGAUAGUAUGGAUUGGUUUGAUCCCGGAGCCGAGGCUGCAGAAAUGCAGAUUAGGAAGUUAAAUAAGGCGUUGAAGAUGGGUGGUAGAGUACUAUUAAGAAGUGCAGCAUUAACACCGUGGUAUAUUGCCACAUUUGAGAAAUUGGGAUUCAGGGGUAAGAGAGUGGGAGCAAGAAUUGGAGGGGCUUGUAUUGAUCGGUUAGUAAUUUUGAUGUUCGGGAUAGAUGAGAAUUUUGCUAAUGUGUUGAAUACCUAGUGUUAAUAUGUAUGCUUCCUGCUACUUACUAACUAAAGUAGAAGAUCUGGAACCGUUGACUCCGGUAUCUAGUCCUGCAGGUAUAUCAGGCAGACAAGGAUCCAUGGACUUGGAGAAGUUGGAAAUUUGACUCUUCGACAGUGUAAAAUUCCACAAAACAGCUGCGAAAAGUCUAGAUGGUGACGGUAGUAGAAGGAUUCUUUGUGGAAGGCCGAUGAGGAGUAAAUCGCUUUUUUGAUCCAGCAACUUUAGUUGUAUCAGUUUG